UGGCUUGCAGGCCCCAGUUCAUUUCCUGUCCUGGUCCAAGGCAGAUGUCUUAGACUUUACUCCCUACGUGAGUGCUUCUAAACCCUUUUUUCCCAUUAUUAUGUUUCGGUUUUUUCUUUCUCUCUCCGGAUUCGGGGUAUGGGGGCUGGGAACCCCUCCUCUCCCCACUUCCCAGCAGUUUUUCCUCACCUUUUUUCGCUUUGUUUAAAUUUUUGGCGCGAACGAGCGCCAUUUUGUCCCUUUAACGGGGGCCAGGCCAAGUGUUUUGGAACAUAGCCAGCUUAUUUUCCGGGCCAUGUUCCUCGGCAGCCGGGAUUUCUCUUCCCCACCUUUUUUAUCCAUUUGCUGCUUGGCCGUUUAACCGUUCUUACAGGUGCCGGGGCCGCGUGAUCGAGAGCACAACCACCACUCUCCCGGCCUGUGUCCUGGCUGGGGGAUCCCAUUGUCUUUGGCGGCUCCCACCGCUGGUUCCACCUUGGUUUUUUGCCGGGGCAGGGGCAGCGCAACGGGAGCACCCGAGCUUUCAGCCCUUCGGCGGUUCCCCCCCCUCGCUCAACCGCGCAUUAGUUGGUUGUCGACCGACCAGCUGUUCGGCCCCCGCCUCCUUCCGCUUGCCUCCGCCACCCGGAGCAACGCAGCGCACCCGCUACAGUUUCCUCUUCGCGGCUACUGUCGCUUGCCUUUGCCAGUCGGGGCACCACAGCUCACCCCCACUUCCUCCAACCAGGGGCGGAGCAGCGGCUGUUUGGCACCCCCCCACCCGGCGCCCUCACCAGGGCGCGGCGUGACGCCCUCGUUGCGAGGGCCACCGCUCGCCCUACCGGGACAACGCGGCAAUCCUUUCUCGGCUCCGCCGCCGUCGCGCCGCCGGGUGCAAGCUGCUACUUUCCUUGCGGCUGCGGCCGCUUGUUUUUAACAGGGAUCCCCGGCGAUCAGCUGGCCAUCGGGCCCAGCGCAGCCCAUUCAGCUGCUUUUCGUGGCUGCUGCCGCUUGCCUUUGGCCAGGGCAACGUGGCGCGUCCUGUUUUCUUUCGGCACUAACCGCGUCGCAGCUGGCGAACAGCUGGCCGGCGGGGGCUGCUGCAACCACCCUCCCCACAUCCUAGCUCAGUCCGUCCAGCGCCCCCUCCUGGUUAAAAAAAAUUAAAAAAAUAAAACACGGGGAAAAAAGGAAAUUAAACUGAAUAAAUCUAAAGUAAAACACUCAGGUGUCAAGCUCCCACCCCAUACCAAUUGCGGUACUGGGCAGAGCAAGCCUUAGCCGGCAUUCAGAUGUAUGCUACCACCCCAUACCAAUCACGGUACUGGGCAGAGCUAACCUCGACUGGCACUCAGAUGUCAAGCUCCCACCCUAUACCAAUCACAGUACUGGGCAGAGCAAGCCUUGGCCAGCAUCCAGAUGUUAUGCUACCACCCCAUACCAAUUCCGGUACUGGGCAGAGCAAGCCUUGGCCGGCAUCCAGAUGUUAUGCUACCACCCCAUACUACCAUCCCCAAGUGUGAGAAAGAGGAUGAAGCACAUUCUGAUAAUGAUAGUGGAAUAUGCAUGAGUCCAGAAUCUUACCUGGGGUCCCCUCAGCAGAGUCCUACCACUUCUGUUAGUUCCCUCAGUGAUAGCCAAUCAGCUACAGUCCUGCAUGAUGGACCUGUGCGGCCCAAGCCUUAUGAUCACCCUACAGAGAAGUCAGUGUCAAUAAAGAUGAAGGGAGAAAAGAGAAUAGACAAGAAACUGAAGAAGAUGGAACAGAAUAAGACGGCAGCUACACGGUAUUGGCAAAAGAAAAGGGCAGAGCAAGAGGCCUUAUCAGGAGAGUGUAAAGAACUAGAGCAGGAGAAUGAGACCUUGAGGGAGAAAGCAGAUGCCUUAAGCAAAGAAAUUCAGUAUUUGAAAGAUCUAAUUGAAGAGGUCCGGAAUGCCAAGGGUAAAAAAGUUAAAGUCCCAGAGUAGGGUAGUCAAGUAGAUA